AUGCCCUGUGGAGGCCUGAAUGAGGCGCGCACCCGACCUCCAACAUCAUCGUCGCCAACCGUCCAUGAACAUGUGCAACAAGACCCUGUAGCUCUCGGGGCCUCAAAGCAUUUGCUGAGCCGGACUAGGCUACCCAAAUCGGCGCCGCGCAUCGCUAGCCGAAGCCCUAUCGAGGCUGCUGAAGAAAAAUUCCCUGCCGGUCACGCGGAAACGGCCAGCGAUCAGAAGCCAUCUCGAGAAAGCAGCAAGGCGACGAAACCCCGAUGGGAGGAACCAAAACACAGCACUACCAUGGGUCCGGAACGGCUGAAACAAAUUAAUGGAGCGACCAGACCUGUCAAUACGCUCAGCGUGAGACGAUACGAUUCCCUUAACGAUCCAGAUGUGCCAGCCAGCAAGCGGCAGAAGAAAGAUACCACGCGAACGCACGGCACGACAACUAGUCCGUAUUUCUCCAAAUCUAAGCCGUCGAAAAGUAGCGAUAUUCAAGAUAUCCACGUCGAGGGCUCGCACGACGAUGUAUAUGACAUCAUAAGUACUUCAAGCGCAGGAAAUGCAAGCCUGGGCACUAUAGGCUUGGACGAGUAUCGCCGCGUAUUACGAACGGGUAAUAGAGGAGGUGGUAAAGGGAGGCGAAGGCGAAGCCGGACGUCUUUGAAUUCAGCCCAACAAAUGCAGAGCGACACUGUUGGCGCCAAAUUCGACAUACACCAAGCUCCCGCUCCUCAAUCUCCAAACCGAAACCGAUUACCUAUAGAUAUAGACAGCCCGGAUGUCCUCGCGUUCGAGCAACGUCCGUCUACGGUUACAAAUGCAGUCUUCGACGCCUCUCGAUAUUUGAACUCAAAAAGAGAUCGACCGUAUCGCCUCGCAGAAAACACCGGCCCCCAGAUUAAGCGUCAAAAGCCUUCGACGGUCAAGGAGCCCAUUGAUCUCUCAGAAGACGAACUCCAGGCCGAUUUUGCAAAGUACGCCGAAUCGACUGACGGCAAAAGCACAGCAUCAAAAACCCUUGCUCAUUUAGGCCGCCAUAAAAAAGCUACGAUGCGAGGAGAUAUCCACCACACGGUUUUUAAGACUUCAUCACAGCGACAGUCGCGAUCUGACGAUAUAGCCAUAACUAGAGCGGUCUGUGGGAAACAUAUCUACGAGCGCGACGAUAACUCUGAUAAAGUGGUUUUGCGCCGAGGAGGCAAGGAUAGCAGAAGGCUUGAGUCCGUACUAGAGAACGGCAGAGUUGCAAAAGAACAUGCUUGGCUAAGCAUCGAUUUGGAUCAAAUUUCUCACUUCGGAUAUUCUGAAGCGCCAAGCCGCUAUGGCUACAUAAUUCGUUCCCAAUCAGGGGAUGCUGGUCCAAAGCUUUUUCUGAAAUUUGAAAGCAACGAUAACACGAGGGAUUUCUGCGAGGUUCUAAGAUCUGCAAACGUUGAGGGGAAAGUCAUCGGAGAAAUAGAAAAGAGGGCUGAGAAAGCAUUUGAUGAAGCAAAGAAUUGGAUAGCUUCGAAUGAGGCCCAUAAAAAAAUCAGCCAGCUAUUUUCCACAGAUGAGAAAGAAAAGGAUACGAUACCAAGAUCUUCUAGUCCGAAUCGACGCCCAGAAUCAGCACGUGUAAAGCUAAGGGACAUCUUAAUACAGUCGGCUCAAGAUGCAGAGAGUUCUGCAACUGUCCGUCGACCAGAAGAAAGCCUCGCUCUCGACCUUCGGCGAUCUACGAGAUCAUCUGCUCCAGCUACGCGCCGCCGUAUGCCAUCCCCUGAUGUCUGGACAAUAUCACAUCCAGACUGGGAAAAAUCGUGGCUGGCACCGCUUAUAUUCCCCGAAACCGGCAAGAAUAGAGCGACAGUGGAUAAAAUUGACAUCCCGAGGUUAGAUGAGAGGGAAUUCCUCAACGACAACCUCAUCAAUUUCUAUAUCCGUCACCUUGAAUUCAGGCUGGAAAAGGAAAGGCCCGAAUUAUUACGCAAAGUUUACUUCUUUAGUACUUUCUUCUUCGAGAAACUGAAGUCUACGAAAGGCAAGAUAAACUACGACGGCGUCAAAGCUUGGACAGCGAGGGUGGAUUUGCUUUCUUACGAUUACAUCUUCGUGCCUGUCAAUGAACAUGCCCACUGGUAUCUAGCUAUAAUUUGCAAUGUUCCUAACGCCGUUCGGGCUCCCUCCCCCGAAAAAAAGAAUCAGCAAGUUCCAGAUGCCUCAGUUGACAACGCGAUGGAAAUGAUAGAUGCGCCCGAAUCCCCGAGAUUGGCAACAGUCGAAAGAGAUUUGACUGAUAUUUCUUUAGAAGAUGUGGAAGCGGCGGUACAAAAAGAUGCGGAUGGCCUCGUUCCAUCCCAUCGCACAGCCGCACCGUCUACACCGUCCUCACCCCUUAGAAAGCGGAAAUUUGCAGGGUCUACCCCAUCCAAAGUCGACCCUACGCAACCAAGGAUUAUUACUCUUGAUUCUCUUGGAAGCCCGCACUCUCCAACAAUCAAGGCUUUGAAAGAGUAUCUCGUUGAAGAAGCGAAGGCGAAAAAGGGCAUUGCCUUGGAAACUAUUCCCACUGGCAUGACUGCCAGGGGUAUACCAGAACAGAACAACUUUUGCGAUUGUGGAGUAUUUGUGUUGGGGUAUAUGGAAGAAUUUUUAGUAAACCCUGAUGAGGCAGCUCGCAAGCUCUUCUCAAAAGAAGAACUCGGCUGGGACAUUCGUCCAUCUGAACUACGAAAUCAGAUGAGAGAGCUGCUAUUUAAUCUUCAAGCUGAGCAACAAAAGCGACACCUGCAACAGCGAGAGGAGAAGAAGCUCCUCAAAGCAAAGAGAAAAGCAAUGGCUGAAGCCAGCUCGCAAAUAAUAUCCUCGCCACCACCUCAACCGGUGGCAUCCCCAUCUCCAGCGCCAAAAUUGCCCGGUUCUUUCCCAAGCGAGUCUCCGGAAAGGAAACCAAUGUCAGGGACAGAGUCAUCUUCAUCAGAAUCUGUACAAGAGGCUGAUAACUUAAAAGACAGUGACCUGAACGGCGUGGCAUUGCAUGAAGAUGCACGGAGAUUCAAAGCGCUCUCAGAGCCCCAGUUUAUUAGUUGCUUAUCAGACGCAUCAAGUGCCAGCCCUAUCAUCACGAAGAGCAAACUCCUCCCUAUUGUUUCCUCCAAAGCGCCUGAAGAGCUGCAGUUCAUUGGCUGCUUAUCGGAAGGAGGGAGUGUUAGCCCCGACGUCCCGAAGGGCAAGAUACCCACCAGCGGUUCUUCUCUAACUUCCAAAUGCAACGGCUACUCCAAUAAACUGGUUGUGGAGUUGAAAGCCAUCAAUGGACGCGACAAAAACCAGUUCGAAGAAUCUGCCUUGGCCGAUGACGAUGAUGACGUCCAAUUUGUGAAACAGCAGUCAAGCGCUUCAUCUGAGAAUAACGAGGCCACAUCAAAACCCACAGAGACAAGUCGGAGUCGACAGUCAUCUGUGGAACUGAUAGGAGAGACAAGGAGUCGACCAUCGUCGUCCCAGAUGCACAACCAACGGACUAAACCUCUACCCAGCGCUUUACCACGAGCUAAAGCGCGAAAAGCCUUUGAAUCCCCUGAUAUCCGAAGAGGGCCAAAAUACGAUGGCAUUGAUAGGUCGGCUGAAAGAGCAAUAUCCUAG